AUGUCUCUAUCCAAAGCCAUAACCAACUGCCUCAAUAUCAAUUGUGCACGCCGAGCAAUUUUAACGCUUGGACCCAAACGUGCGGCCUCUUCAAUAGCCCCUAGUUCACAGCAAAAGUUACUCGCAGACAACUUGAAAGAUGCUGAUCCAUCGAUUUAUGAGAUUCUUCAAAAUGAGAAACGAAGGCAGAAACACUACAUCAACCUUAUUCCCUCCGAGAAUUUCACCUCGCAAGCUGUUUUAGAUGCGCUGGGGAGUGUAAUGCAAAAUAAGUACUCGGAGGGUUACCCAGGUGCUCGCUACUACGGUGGAAAUAAAUUUAUUGACCAGGCAGAGCUACUUUGCCAGAAACGUGCUCUGCAGGCUUUUGGCUUGAAUGAAUCAGAAUGGGGCGUGAAUGUUCAACCACUAUCCGGAUCUCCUGCAAAUCUCUACACAUUCUCUGCACUCAUUAAUGUGCAUGACCGGAUAAUGGGGCUUGAUCUACCUCAUGGAGGACACCUUUCACAUGGUUAUCAAACCCCAACGAAGAAAAUAUCUGCGAUCUCAAAGUACUUUGAGACGCUUCCCUAUCGACUUGAUGAAGCCACAGGCCUUAUAGAUUAUGAAAAACUGGAGGGAUUAGCGCUGCAAUAUCGACCCAAAAUAAUUAUUGCUGGUACAUCUGCAUACAGUAGACUUAUUGAUUACAAACGUAUGAAGGCUAUUUCUGAAAAAGUAGGCGCCUAUCUUUUAGCUGACAUGGCCCAUAUCUCUGGGUUAGUUGCAGCAAAGGUAAUACCAUCACCUUUUGAUACUGCAGAUGUUGUUACUACCACUACCCACAAAUCCCUCCGUGGCCCGAGAGGUGCCAUGAUUUUCUUUCGAAAGGGUGUCCGAAGAAUCAAUCCAAAAACCAAGGAACAAGAAAUGUGGGCCCUUGAAGAUUCAAUAAAUGCCUCGGUAUUUCCAGGACAUCAAGGAGGACCGCAUAAUCAUACUAUCACAGCUUUGGCAGUUGCACUCAAACAGGCUCAAAGUUCCGAGUUUAGAGCUUACCAAGAAGCAGUUCUCGCCAAUGCCAAAGCAUUUGCUAAACGUCUUGGUGAACCCAAAGAAAAUGGCGGACAUGGGUAUAGAAUUGUGUCUGGAGGCACCGAUAAUCACCUCGUUUUGGUAGAUCUGAAGCCACAUGGUAUUGACGGAGCCAGAAUUGAACGAGUACUCGAGCUAGUCGGUGUAGCAAGCAAUAAAAAUACCGUCCCCGGUGAUAAAUCUGCUAUGAGGCCUGGUGGACUUCGAAUGGGAACACCUGCCAUGACCACAAGAGGUUUUCGAGAAAAUGACUUUGUUCGAGUGGCAGACAUUGUAGAUAGAGCAGUAGCCAUAACUCAGCGAAUACAGGUCAAAGCAAAAGAGUCCGCGGCAGCCAAUGGUAAGAAAAACACUGAUAGUGUCAAGGCGUUUUUAGAAUAUCUCGGUGAAGGCCAGAACGAUGCGGAGAUUGUGAAGCUCAGAUUAGAAGUUGAGGAAUGGGUCGGGACAUUCUCCUUACCUUGGGAAUGA